AUGAGCGUAUCAAAUCCAGUCGAUUUGUGGAAGCACUCUUUGUUGAAUAAUAAUGUACCUUCUGCGGGUUCUGAUGUCAGUACAAUGCCAAUAUUCCUUACUUCGCCUGUCAUUCCAUCGUUUUCGGGUGAAGCUAGUCAUUUACGAAAAAUUUUCAAAGCAUGGCCAAUUAAAAUAGAAAAAAAGGCUGUAUUUUGGCCAGCACAUGCCACAUUCAUAGCUUGCGGUACCGCUGGUAUUGUAAUCGGGAUUCGUGUUAAUUCUCAUACUUUUCUUGGUGAUGCAAAUUAUUCGUAUGCUGAAAGUUUGCGAAAGUGUCCAAAAUUGACUUGGUUGAUUGCUCUUUAUAGUUCUGCCCUGCUUUAUUUUGGCAUUAAUGAAAAUACUGUUACUAGAUACUUAUACAGUCACGGUGAUCUUUGCAAUACGUGUCUUAUUUUGGGUAGCAUAACAACUGCAUUGUUAGGUGGAAUCUGUUUUCCAAUGAUUUCCACACCCUAUUUGACAGCAGCUGCAGCUAUACUUCAAGGAGAUGAGAAUGCAAUACCGAAAUUAAGGAAAACUAAUAAUUGGCUCAGUUAUUUAUUUCGGUGGAAAGUUGGUGUUAAUGCCUGUCGAGGAAUUCUAUUACCAAUGACCCUUGGAUUAACUGCUGUUUCUGGUGCUUCCAUGUAUAUUCGCCUCUGGGGCAGACAGAGGAUUAUGGAUACUCUUUGUGUGGAGCCAGGAUUUGUUGCAGAAGUGGAUUAA